AUGGUCGAGCUGACCGUCAAUUAUGGCACAAUGAAUAAUCAGUUUGUUCAAAUCUCUGAGACCGCACAAACACAACCUGCUGUUGACAUUGGAGCAUUCCCAAGCACAUUGACCAAGUUGACUUUGAGCCAUGUAUAUCAGCCUCUUAUCCCAAACACUCUGCCUAGCUCCAUUGUUAUGUUGUCAUUUGGGGAUAAUUUCAAUGAUGUCAUCUCUGCUGGCUGUCUGCCAAACAGAUUGACCAGCUUGACAUUUGGUCAGUUUUACAAUCAACCUUUGGUCGUGGAUGCCCUGCCCAGCACCCUGGUAUACUUGGAGUUUGGCAGUUGGUUCAACCGCUCUCUAGAAGCAUUCGUGGAGACCUCUUAUCCACUUAAUGUGGUCAGACAUAAUCUCCCGUGUCUGGAGACAUUGAUACUUGGUCAAUCAUUCUCCCAAGAUAUCUUUCCUGGACUGCUUCCUCCAUCAUUGCUGACGUUUAAAACUGGAUGGUCGUUCAGUCAGGAGUUGGUGCCUGGGUUUGUGCCCCCAAAUCUUCACACAUUGGCCUUGGGAGCUUCUUAUCGCCACGAUAUUGGAGCUUUGCUGCCUUCUUCGGUGACAUCACUCCAGUACAUGGGCUCAUACAAUCUGAGUCAGCUGUCACUGUCGCAUCUUACAGUGGAGUUACUCAGGCAGUUCGAGAGGCUGAAGUGCAAUGUCGAGACUCUUCGAGUUACCGAAGUCAACUUCAACCAAGCACCUCCAAGAUACUUCCGUCACCUCAAGUCUUUGACCAUCAAGUCCUCCACUCCAAAGCACAUGGUUCGUUUGAAGUCAAGACUUGUCGAGUACCUCAAAAAUCUAUUAUCAUCCAUGCCAAGUGUGGACAGGUACAAUGUCACCUAUACCAAGGGUGAGGGCUAUGGUUCCAACAAAACAGACUACAAUGUGGAGCUCCGCAAACUGGAUCCUUGGAAAUCAGUCAUCAUCUACAAAGUGUCUGAGAGGAAGUACAGGACACCUCCAACCUCAACUAUGUCCAUUCAUUUCUUUGCCAUGGAUAGGGCGGGACAACUUGAGAACGAGAACAGCAUGCUCAAAGAAGAGAUUGGGUCACUCAAACAACUGGCCGAGGCAAAGUCUGUCAUCCAAGAGAUGGGUACCAUUCCCACAAUGAAGAUAGAGGUCGCAGAUGAGACCGAGGCUGACGGCAACACCAAUGAAACGACAACAAGAAAAGAACAAGUAACAAGUUGCCAGCAAGGUCAACCAGGAGCAAGAGAGGAAAGAAAUAAAGGAGGAGUGAGAGAAUGGUUUAUUGCCAAGAUGGGACUGUUGGUCCAGUGA